ACGAGAGAUCAGACAAGACGCUGCAGUGAAAAGCAUCAAUAAAGCGGCAGAAAAGUAAAAUGUCGUUUUAUUCAUUAGUUGGGACACUGAGCGGUCUGGGAGCAUCAUUAUUUCGUCGCCGGGGUGAAGAAGCGGGAUUAUUUUGGCGGGGUUUGGUGAAGUUUUAUGCGCGGAAUAAGCUUUUUUCAUAUGCUACUGGGUUAUUUUUUGUGUUUGUUUCUGCUGGAAGUACAUAUUAUUUUUAUCAGAGGCUAUUUAAAGAUGAUGGAGGAUUUGUGGACAAAAAACAGCCAAAAUAUAAAAAAAAGACGAAGAAUAAGAAAAAAAGAAAGAUUAAUGCAAAUUCUGUGCCUCAUGGGGGAUCUGAAGCAACAAAUUUGUCAGAGUCAUCUUUGGAAGAAACACGAUUAUUGUCUAUUACAGACGCAGAAAUUGAAAAAAUGAGCGAGUCUGAACGUAAAGCAUAUGCUGCACAAUUAAAAACAGAAGGAAAUAAAGCGUAUUCAAGGAAGGAUUAUGAAAAGGCGAUUGAGUUAUAUACUUGUGCAAUUAAUUGUUCAAAAGAUCCUAUUUUUUACUCUAAUCGUGCUGCUUGUUAUACUGCGUUGAAUAAGCCUGAACAAGUGAUUGAAGAUACGACGACGGCUUUAAGCCUUGAUUCUAUGUAUGUAAAAGCGUUAAAUCGUCGAGCAGCGGCAUAUGAAACUCUCGAAAAGAAUGAUGAAGCACUUUUAGAUUAUACAACAAGUUGUAUUAUGGACGGGUUUUCUAAUGAAAAUGCAGCACAAAGUGUCGAAAGAUUGUUGAGAAAGAUUGCAGAAGCUAAGGCAAAGAAAAUGAUGAUGACGAAGAAAAAACAGUUGCCGAGUCCUACUUUUAUAACGGCUUAUUUGGAUGCAUUCCGUCCAAAACCAAAUCCAAAAAUAGAGAGCAAAGAUGAAUCUACAGGUGAUUAUCAUCUCAAACAAGGAUUUAAAGCGCUUUCUGCAAAGAAUUAUGAUAGUGCAUCUAAAAGUUUUUCUAAAGCAAUUGAAUUAGGUUGUUCUGAAUCAUUGCAAUCGGUAGCAUAUAAUAUGUCAGGCACUUUUAAGUUUAUUCAGGGAAAUACCCAUGAUGCGUUAGAGGAUUUUAAUAAAGCAAUCGAAAUUGAUCCUAAUGAUACACAGAAUUAUAUUAAACGUGCGAGUGUUUAUAUGGAAUUAGGCGACCGUUCUGCAACUUGGUCGGAUUUUGAGACAGCACAAUCAGUUAAUCCAAAUGAUCCUGAUAUUUAUUACCACCGUGGGCAAAUGCAUUUUAUUACUGGAGAAUUUUCAGAAGCUGCAAAAAAUUAUCAGAAAUCAAUUGAUUUAGAUAAGGAUUUUAUAUUUUCUCAUAUUCAAUAUGGUGUCGUGCAAUAUAAAUUGGGAAACAUUGCAUUAAGUAUGUCAAUUUUUCGAAAAUGUUUAAAAAUGUUUCAAAAAUCUAGUGAUGUUUAUAAUUAUUAUGGUGAACUUUUAUUAGAUCAAAAACGGUUUCAAGAUGCAAUUGAAAAGUUUGAUAUAGCAAUACAGUUGGAAAAAUCGAGUAAAUUUACUAUAAUGAAUGUUCUUCCUCUUAUUAAUAAAGCACUUGCUGUUUUUCAGUGGAAGAAAGAUAUAGUAGAAGCUGAAGCUCUUUGUAAAAAAGCUUUAGCUAUAGAUCCUGGAUGUGAUGUUGCGGUAGCAACGAUAGCACAACUUCUUUUACAGCAGGGAAAGAUCGUAGAUGCUAUUGAAUAUUUUGAUAAAUCUGCACAACUUGCGCGUACUGAAUCUGAACUUGUUAAUGCUCUUUCUUAUUGUGAAGCGACAAAAAUUCAGCUUCAAGUUACUCAAAAAUAUCCUCAUCUUGCUGAACGUUUAAACAGUAUGACUAAAGGGAAUUUUUCGGCUUAAUCAUCAUUUUUG